GUGUAGUAAUAUGGCGGCUUCCUUGUCUGUGUCAAGUUCAAGACCGGUCCUUCGAUUGUUGGCGCUGCAUGGGUACCGGCAAAACGAACGAAGCUUCCGAGAGAAGACCGGGGCGUUGCGGAAAAUCUUGAAAGCUCGGGUUGACAUUAUAAGUAUAAACGCCCCCUUAGUGGUACCGGAGCCAGAUGUGCACAGGGAUGGAGAGCUAGACUGCUCAAGAGACGACCCUAGAGGCUGGUGGUUUUCAGAUCCUCAAAACAACAGCUUUAAUGCCAUGGAUGAAGCCAGGACAUGCUCAGGGCUGGAAGAUUCAAUUGAAACUGUGGCAAAAGCUUUUUCUGAGCUAGGGCCGUUCCAUGGAGUUUUGGGUUUCAGCCAAGGAGCUGCCAUGGUGGCCAUGUUGUGCGCACUAAUGCAGGCAGGCGAUACCCGCUUUCAGUUUGAUUUCGCUGUGCUUGUUGCUGGCUUUAAAAGUCGGUCAGUUGAACAUGAGAAAUAUUACCAACAUCCGAUUUUGGUUCCAUCGCUUCAUGUUUUUGGCGAAACUGACCGUGUCAUCCCAGGCCACAUGAGCCAAGAGCUUGCCUUGCAUUUUGAAAAACCAGUUAUACUAACACAUGGAGGGGGACAUUUUGUUCCUGCAUCUGCUCCGCAGAAGAAAAUCUAUUUUGAGUUUUUGGACGCAUUUAGUAAAUAACAUGUUUAUUGGUUGGGGAAUAAUUAAAGGUAUAAUACAAUGUCA